GAGGACCCAUUUCAAGAGCUCUUUAGGCCUUCAAACACUUAGCAUCUCUGGAAAAUGGUCUCAAGUUUUCUAGUUGUUUUUCUUAAGUUCUAGUAGGUGUUUUUUUUUUUCUUUAGCAUUUGAACUUGAGUAUGUAUUUUUCAUCUACAUUCAAGAUUACCCCAAUACCAGGUUGUUUCCUACAAGAGGAUUACAUCCAAGUCUGUCCUUUUCAAGGCUCUCAUCUCCGGAAUUCCACCCGUGAACAGUUAGCUUGGAACGCUGUACUACAGUACUUGCACUGCUGUUGAAAGGCCUUUCAUUCUUUGCAAGUGAAACUAAGUGCUGCCUGUCAGUUCUCCAUGACUGUAUUUAAAAAAAAAAGAAAAGUGUUAGGUGGUUGUGAUUUGACACAUGCAGCAGGACUUGUUCCUUUUUAUUUUGAAGCUGAACUAGAGCUCUAAAUUGGAUGUGACACCACACAACACAGGAGGAUUGCGUUUCCAAGUCUUGUCUAACAAAGAAUAAUUUUAAUUGAAACUGAAGUACAUUGUCUGGCUUUUAAAAACAAAAGAACCUUCAUCUUUGGUUGUCUUUAGUGUGUCGGUGAUUGCCAUGCCAGCUGUCUAAAGAAAUGAAACCUCUAAACAGAAGACUGAAUAUCAAAACAGCACUAGACUGUGAUUUGUAUAGAAGCUGUAUACAAAUGGACAGGUUUGGCACUGAUAUGACAAUAUUCUGAUAGAUGAAUAAGCAAUUUCUUGGGGUUACAGUAUUGUAAGAAGAGGCAGUCAUGGUGUCUGGGAUGAUGACAGAAAAAUGUUACAGAAUGUGAAUGUAUUUAAGAGCAGCACUUGCCUAAUGCACACUCUACAAGCUUUGCUAAAUCUGUAAGUAAAAAAGCAAGAAGUUAUUUUGUCUGCUCCUCUCAGUAAUACAGAAAGUUAGAGCAGAGAAUUUAACAAAGGCAGAUUUUGGAACUCUAUCUUGUCCUAGAGCUCUUUCUCCAGUUUUUGAACAAGACGCUCUUUGUACAUUUACUUGGAAUACUGUUCUCAAUAUUUUAGCCACUACAACCUCUGUAGACUUUGUAUUUUAUUUUAAUACCCUCCUCAGUCCACAAAGCAUUUAACAUUCAAGAUACACAUUGAAGAGGUUAUGAGAUAUAAACUUCAUGAUAAUCUAUAGUUGUCGGUUGGGUUGGAUGAUAACAUUCUGAAUUUAGCAUAACUAUGGAUUACUUAGUUAUAGAUGACUCUUCUGAGGAAAGUACAGAUGACUCUUCUAAGGAAAGUUUCAACACCGCCCCCAGUCCCAUAUAUAAUCCUCUUGCCAGUCUACAGUCUACUCAGCACUCCUCUGCAUCACACUAUCAUGAUGAUCCUGAAUCUAUCUUAGGUACAGAUGAUGAUGAUGAUGAUGAUUCAAUCACAGACAUGGAAGAACUGGAUAAACUUUUGUUGUCAGAUGAUGAGUGUGCCAGCACGUCUCUUAGUGACAUAAACCUGGCUUUAGGUGGUGUAUGUAGCAAUCAGUCUUCCCAGCAUUACAGUGCAGAAUAUGGUUUGCAAGCUACUGUUUCAAACAAGACAAAGCCUGAAUGCAAUAGAAAUAAGAACCUUAUGAAGGACACGAGUAGAGUCACUCCUGAUUCAUCUGAGCAUAAAGGAGCAGCUUGCAAACAAGACUUUGAUCAUCAGAUGCAGAAAUGUUACACUGUUCUCAUGGAUUUUAGAAAGAUUCUUUCUGCAGUAGAAGGUGUUGAUGAAGUUCACAUAAAGAAGUGGUUUGAUCAGUGUAAUGACCUGUUAAAGCAAACAGACUCAAAUUCAAACUCGUUGAAGACAUAUAUUGCAGUUCUUGGAGACACUGGGGCAGGUAAAAGCUCCUUACUGAAUGCUCUGCUAGAUGAGGAAGAUUUGCUGCCCUCAUGUUCUAUGAGGGCCUGCACUGCAUCAGUCGUGGAAGUGUCCUUCAAUUCGAAGAAUAAGAAAUAUGAAGCCGAUGUGGAAUUUCUUACAAAGCAGGAAUGGUAUACGGAACUUGAAGCACUUAUAGAUGAUUUAAGGAAGAAGUCUGGGAAUUUAAGAAAUCACUGUCCUGACUCUGACAGUGAAGCUGCAGUAGCUUUUAGUCGUGUGAUGGCAGUGUAUGGUAAGAUCGCUGAAGUUACAGAAUUAAAACAAAUCGACAAUGUUACAAAGCAUCUGGGAAAGACUAAACACAUCACUGAAGAGAAGGUUGGAGAAUUUUCUAAAAAGAUUGAACGUUUCAUAGUGUCUUCUGUGGAUAGUUUCAAAAGGCUAAGUGGUGGGGAAUAUUGGCCCAUUGUGAAACGUGUUCGGCUGCGUGUUCCCGGAGUUGAUGCUCUGAGGACUGGAGCUGUACUGGUUGAUCUUCCUGGAGUAAAAGAUUCCAAUCCUGCUAGAGAUAGUGUGGCCAAAGAGUAUUUAAAGACUUGCAAUGCUGUCUGGAUUGUGUCCGACAUCACCAGAGCUGUUGAUGAUAAGACUGCAAAAGACAUAUUGACUAAAAGGCUACGUACCCAGCUUUAUAUGGAUGGUCAGUAUGGAAGUAGUGCUUAUAUCUGCACUAAGACAGAUAACUACAAUGUUAAAGAAAUCCGCAGAAAACUUGAUCUGAGACAAGUAUUAAAGCCGCUUCAGCAGAAAUUGCAUAAAAUGGAGAAGAAUAAAACAAUGGCCAGCAGUUAUAAAAAUAAAAUUGAACUUCAAAAUAAAAUACAAGAGAAUCAACAGGCUAUUGCACUUGAAUGUGUAAAGGCUCGCAAUAAAUUUUCAAAAAAGCAGAUCCGUAAAAAUUGCAGACGUGGAUUACAAGAAAUGCGAAGAGUUUCAAAUAAAGGUAUUGAGAGUGAAGAUGAUGAUGAUGAUGAUGAUGAUGAUGAUGAUGAUGACAGUGAUGGUGAUGAUGAUGACAAGUCUGUUGCAAAAGACGAUAGCUUUUCAAGUGCCGUUUCUGAAAAAGAUAGAAAGAUGCCUGUUUUUUCGGUCAGUGCUAAGGACUAUCUAAAGCUACGGGGAAAACUGGAGACAGAAGGGCAACCUCAGGUUUUCAAUUGUGUAGAAGAUACAGAAAUUCCUGCUUUGAAGGACUUCGCUAUUCAGACUGCAAUGAAGAAAAGAAAACUUGCUGAAAAGAAAGUGAUCCGAAGUGUGGCAUCAUUCAUUAGUGAUGUGGUUACAUAUUUGAUGAAUCAUUCAUCACAGGAUAAAGACUUUCAUGAACAGAUCAGAGAACCUGUGGAAUCAUGUCUGUCAAGUGUGAGAGAAAUGAUGCAGAAAGUAGUGACUGAAUGCAGUAGAAAUAUUAAGAAGCGAUUCUCGUUUUUAGUCAAGAUUAGUCUUGAUGGAAUAAAGGAGGCAAUCAAAGCCUGUGAGCAAACUGCCACGAGCUGGGGAUCAUUGGAUGAAACUCCAGGUAAAUAUCCUUAUCGCACCUAUAAAGCUGUCUGUGUUCGUCAAGGUGUGUUCACAUCUGGAAAAUAUGGAUCCAUUGACUUCAAUGAAGAACUAAUAGAGCCUAUCCUCACAACUCUUCAGAAGCACUGGAAUCAAUUCUUCAGUCAUGAUCUGCAUAAUUACCUGAACAGCUUCAAGAAUAAAGUCUUAAAGAAACUGAACAAGUUCUUCAAAAAUGUCAUGAGCAAACUAUGCGAGAUGAGCCAAAAGACAGCAGCAGUAGAGAAAAUUCAGAGCCAACAGAUAAAAAGAGUAGAAAUGGAGCUAAGUAACUUCAUCAUGGAAAUGGAAGCCUUUGUAAAUCAAAGGCAGCGAGAGAUUUCCCGUCUUCCUCCUCCAGCAGUACAAGCCGACAUGAAAUCAACUUAUGAAGCUUGUGCAGAGAUGCGUGGUCAAGGCUGUUUACAGCGAAUGACAACAUGUAUGUGCGACUUCAUUGACAGUGAAAAAGAGAGGAUGUUUAACUCAGUUGGAGACAGUCUAACAAGAGAAUUAAAACUUCUCCGGAAUGACAUAAAGGAUCUCCUUGAGUUAGUGGUGAAGGAUCUGCAAAUAUCACUGAAUGUUCAGUUUGAGCCACUACUGAAGUUAAUGACGAGAGACAACGUGCCUAUUCGUGAACUGGAACUCAUUUUGGAACAAGUUCGUAAAAUAUGUCAAGAGUCUAAUAUUCAAUUCAAACUUAAAGAAGGCGAGGAAUCUUUACCUUCGACAUCAGGGACUGCAAAAAGUAACACUUAUACAAAAGAACAACAUUUUCAUGAGACAAGCCAUAAAGAAAAAAACACUGUUGCAGCAACACCACAUUUGGUGUCAUCAGUCUCUUCCACUCCUUGCAAAAACACGUACUCAAAAUCUAUUGAUAUGACCGUAAAUCUGUCUGGUCGUAAGAGAAGACCAGAUGACAUGCAAACUCCAGCAGUCUCCAGUAAAAUCAAAAUAACUUUACAGGACCAACAACAAACUGUUCUGGAAACAUGUACAACCAUCUGCAGCUCCGAAGACCAACAAGAAGCUAAUUCCAGUGGAGGUCAGCCCAGUAGCCAAAGUGAUAUGCAUCCAACUUCAACAACAGCAAUGCCACCACAUAAGAUGUCUGCUCAUCCCAAGAGGCAAGAUAAGUUUUCACCUGCAGAGAAUAAAAUUUUGCUGAAUGCUGUUCGAUGUCAUUACAGAGAAAUGUUUGGAAGAACUGUUAAUCAAGAAGAUAAAAACCGUAUUUGGCAGACUGUGGUAAACAAUGUGAAUACAGCUGGGGGCCCAGAACGAACUAUUAAGGCCUGUCGGAGAAGGGUAUCUGAUAUGAUAUAUAAAGCCAAAAAAAAGGCAAAAACCAUUGAGGCUGUCAGAGAAAAUGCUGGGUCAUCAGCAAUGACCCUAAAUGACACUGAAAAAUUUCUUCUUUCACUUGGGAGUCAUAAGGAUGAAGAUUCCAGUAGAGAUUGCAUUUGAAGUGCCUCCAAAAGAGCCUGGAAACAGUGAUUUUGGAAAACUAAAUCCAAAGAAUGAUAAUAAGGAAUGAAAUGCAGAACACAGAACCUGAAGUAUUGUUUUCCUGCCAUUUAUGUACGAUCAUGUGAAAUAUUAUAUUUUGCUAUUUAGUUGUCUACAUGACAAAUACAGUUACCAGUACAAAUGCCUGAAAACCUUGUCAUUUUAAACGGUGUACCAGAAUAUCUGCAGCAGGGCUUCAGACCUUCAGAAUAUAAUUUGAAGUGAAAGAACAACUUCUGAAUUUUGUGCCUUUUGCAUGGUUAGAGUGCAGAAUUUCUGUCAUUUGUACUUGAAUUCACUUGUUUGCUUUUAGUGCAGGUCUGUGCUGUAGUUUAGGUUUUAUGUUUGGUGUCAUUCACAGAAUUUAGGAGAAAUGUUAGUAUGUAUAAAUUUCUUUUUGUUACAUGAAAGUUAAUUUUGUUGCAGGAGACAAACAGAAUAAAUAUGUUGUGAUGGAGAAUGUUUAGUUGUUUAUUAAAAGUACAGAUGCUGGUCAGCCUCAGUAAAGCUAGAAUUUGACAUUUAUUACGUUACUUUGGAAUUCUGAUUUGUAGGUUAUGAUUUAUGCUUUUCUGACACUUAAAGUAAAUUAUAUGCAACUGUAAUCCUAAUUGCUCUGAUUAUCAUGCUGUUAUUAAUUUUUCAGUAAAAAAUUUGGAAUUUCAGAUUUCUGAAAUGUAGGUUAUGGCUUGAAUGGUAAAAUGCUUGUGAUUUUCAAGUGUUAAAUAUUUACUGAUGAUUGGAAUGUGUCAAAUAUAUGCAUAUUUCUGUAGUUUGGCAGCUGUAAUGCCCUAAACUUUAUUUUAAAAGGAAACAAGUAAUGUCUAUGUUUUGCAGUGAAAUGGGCAUAAUUAAAAUGUAGUGCAUGGAGUACCAUGAUUACUGUCCAAAAUUGGAAAAAGAUAAACUUGUUAGGCAUGUCCCUAGUGAGAGACUUGACCUUAAGAGCUUGUAGGGGUUUAAAGAUCAGGACUCAUGCAGUAGACUAACAGCAGACAAUGCCAGACAAUCAGCAAUGAACAGUGACAGAAGGUAAAUAGCUGUUAUAACUUCACUCUGCUAACAAUUAUACAUGGAAACUGUGACAGAAGAGACCCUCUAAGAGUUUUUAAAGCCUUUAGUUCUACAGAGUGGCAAUAUGUUUCUGCCUGCUGUCUGUUUGGCAGAGCUAAGCGUUUUAUCAUCUUUCAAAGGAUUUUAAAGCUGGUAAAACACUUUGCACAUCUACACUUUUUAUGUAGCUGUUCGUACUUCACUACAAAAAAAUAUGAUUAGUCACCAGUCAUAACCCUUUGCUAUGUGUUCUUUCUUGACAUGGCUGUCAAGGUUCACCCCUUGAGUUUUGUUUUUGGGGUGAAUUUCUUGAUCCGCAUGUUUUACCAUGUAAUAUGGAGGAUUAUGAUGGGGUCUCUGAUCAUAACUAACACGUGUUCGAGGCAUUGAUACCAAGAAAUUCACCUCAAGAGCAAAGCUUGAGAGGUGAAUCUUGGCGUCCAUGUCAAGAGUACAUAAUUCAAGGUUAUGACGAGAGACCUGAUCAUAAUUCUCUGUAGUACUUGGAACAUUAUCUGCUCCAUGUACUAUUAAUUACAUGCGGAAAACAAACAAGUGUUUUGCUAGCUUUCAAAGCCAUGCAACACAUAGUGGGUGCUAUCAGGCAACGUAACACAGUCUAUUACAUUUACACUCACCUUUCAUUCCUCUCGUGUCCAGAUUUUAGCAGAAUGUCCACAUUAUUACUUGAUAUUUAUGGUCUGUUCCUUAUAAAAUCUCUGAUUUUCAGACAAACCACAGAGGACUGAGGUCACUAAAUAAUGACAUGCAUUUGAGUUUCAGAGCUGCUACCCUUCAGAAGAUGCAGGUGAACAUACCGUUAUUUUAGCUACUUUCUAAGUUUAUUAGAAGUAGAGACACCAUAUUCUUACAGACAGCAGGCAGAAACAAAUCUUUGUUCUGCCACUAUUUGCUGGUCACUACUGGCAGAUUUUACUGCCUCAUGCUAGACUCGACCUUAACAACUUAAACAAAGGGUGCUUAACAAAUGAUAAGAUCAGUUCUUUCACCACUCUGGCACUUGUCUUUUUCCGACUAUCGGGGAGUAGUCACUGCAUUCCUUGCACUACAAUUCGGUUAUGAUCUGUUUAAUACGAGAGAAUGAAAUCAUGUUUUUUUUAUAUUGUAAGUCAUUAGUGUUUUGAUUUAACUAAAUUUACUUUGUUACAUUGUAAUUUUGUGUUUUAUUAUAAGCUACAAACAUUUGAAAUGAUGCUUUUGAACAGCAAAUAGUCUUAUCAGAAGUCGUCAUAAUGUUUUAUGUAGGUUCCAUUUUAUGUAAUCAUUUGUGGAAAUUAGAGCUAUUGUUUCUAUCACAUGUCCCUGCAGUCCUUAUGUAUGGGUUAUAGAUUGAGCAUUUAGCUAGUCAGGUGGUUUUCUAGGUCUUCUGGGCAGUUGAUAACACUUCAUGCUCCAGCCAGUUGCUAUCUAGAAGUGAGAUAGAUAGAAAGCUGCAUAAAGUAUUGCAUGAUGAUAUGUAUAAGAAUGAAUCAAUUGAAGUUAGAAAAGAUUGGGAGAGCAGAAUGAAAAGACAAUUCAUAAAGGAACAAUGGGAAGAAAUGUGUACAACUCCAAAGCAUGCAACAAAGUCCAGAAGGUUUUGUAUAUUUGUAUGGAAGAGUUUGCAUCAGUAGUUUUACCCCAAGGAGACUUCAGUGGAUUUUUUCUUUAGGUAGACUGGAAAUGUGGGAAUGUGUGUGUGUGUGUGUGUGUGUGUGUGUGUGUGUGUGUGUGUGUUUUUUUGGUAAGGGUGUAAUGACUUGACAGAUUUUAAAAAUUCUGUACAGACUACUUUGACAGAAAUGUUGGUGGAAUAAAUGGUUGCAAAUUAGGAAAUUAUUCUUUUGAGCUGGGAUACAGGGUCUGAAUUGCAUAGAUAUUAUAAGGCUUUACCAAGUUUAAUGUUAUUGGUUGCCACAAAAUAUAUUUGCUAGAAAAUGAAAAUUAAGAUCUGGUCCCAACAUAAAGGAUGGUCUGGCUAUUGUAAAGGUGAUAAAAGAAUUGGAGGUGUGUUCUUUAGAAAAGGGAAGGAACAAAUUUCACAGACAUAAAUGGAAUUUGUGAGAACAAUUCAUACAGAAUAUGUUUCUGUGGGAGUGAGAUUUAAAGGAAGGCAGAAAGUGAGCAACUUAUGUAAUGUUGGAGGAAUGAAAAUCAUUAAAAAGAAAAUAUAAGUGUAAUCUGUUGCUAUUGUUUUCUUUUUUAUUAAUGUAUAUUACAGAUUAAAUUGUGAUGACUUAAUAAACAUGUUUUUUUUAAAAAAAGUGUAAGAUGGAA